AUGAAAUUAGAGCAAGUAGCAAGCAGCUAUGAAAAAGCAAGGAUAGAAAAUGGUUAUAUUGACGAAGCAGAAAGAUUGGAAAAGCAAAGUCAACAAUACUUAAAAGAACUAGAAUUAGCCAAAUUCCAUGAAGAAAGAGGCAAAAUUAAAUGUGAUUGUUAUUCUUGUGCGGAACAAAAGACUAGACAAAAAGAAGCCCAAGAACAAAUUCUUAGUGAUUAUGAUACUGAAAACAAGGAGAAGCAAAAAAUAGAAUGCCCUGAGUGUGGCAAAUUACGAGUAUUAGAUGAGGAAGCAGGAGUGUGUAAAAGUUGUGUCAAAAAUAGAAAGAACAUUACAAAGUUAGAUAUUAGAAACAAAAAUUUAGAAAGUCAUUUAGAUUUAAAAGAUUUCACUAAUUUGAAAGUGUUAAAUUGUUCUUAUAAUAAACUAACCAGCAUAGACUUAACAGGAUUAAAUCAAUUAGAAGAAGUACAAUGCCCCGGUAACUAUUUAACUAACUUUGAUUAUUCAGUUUUAAAUUCCGAAAAGUUAACUAUUUUAAAUAUCAGUGAUAAUAAUCUUACUGAACAAGACUUGUUGGUUUUUAAACCUUUACAAGGCUUGACUAAAUUAAAAAAAAUGUAUAUCAGUAAUACCGAUAUCAAUAGUGGUUGGGAGUAUUUGCCAAAUAGUAUUAAAGAAAUUUUUUCUUCUAGUGAAAAAAGACCCAACAGCAAAGUCAAAGCAAUAAAAGUAGGUUUAACUCCUAAUAAUGAUUAUUAUUUUGCCAACUACUUAAAAGGAAAAGAACAAAAUUAUCCUGAUAAGGAGAAAACAAAAAUUAUCUACCUCAACCAACAAUUAACAGGAGUGCUGGAUUGUCAAGGGUAUAAUAAUUUAAAAUAUAUAGUUAUCUCUACCUCAGUCGAUAGUAGUAAAUUUGAGAUAAAAGAGGGUUCCUAUAGGUAUAGAAAAAUCAAAACAUGUCAACCUGCUCAAACUUAUUUAGAUGAAAAUUAUCCGAAAAAUGGAACUUGUCAAAUAAAGGAUGAGAGUAAAGACGUUGACAACUUUGGCAAAACUAGAGCAGAAAUAACAGAGUUAGUUAUAGAUCAAAAAGGCUUAGAAGGCAACUUAGACUUAACUGAUUUUCUGAAUUUAGAGUUAGAGAGACUUAAAUGUGCCGAUAACAAGUUAACUAGAUUGGAUUUAAGCGAUCUGAAAAAAUUAGAGAAAUUAUAUUGUCAUGAUAAUUACCUGACCCAAAUAAUUUAUCCGACUAAUCCCGAAAAAAUAACUAGUUUAUACAUAAGCGAUAACAAUCUCCCUACUUCUGACCUCACUAUUUUUAGUCCGAUGAGGAAUUUAAGAUAUUUAGAUAUUGGUAAUACCGAUAAAAACAAAAUCAACCAAGGCAUUUAUAAUCGUUGGGUGGAUAGUUGUGAACCUUUGAAAGAUUUGGAGUUAAGCAGUUUAGAUAUUAAAAAUACUGACCUAACUAGUGGAUUUAAACCAGAUGAAGCAAGUUGUGCCAUAGAAUGGAUAAAACAAGGAUUUAAAGAAUUUAUAGAUUUAAGGGAUGGUUAUGAAUACUUUGGUACUUGUCCAGAAUGUCAACAACCUAAUUCUAGUAGAAACUGA